UGUUUUAUCAUUGUGUUUGCUUGUUACAGCGGAGAAGAUCAUUUGAUUCGGCGAUUGGUCAAUAGGGUUUCGCAAGAAUUGAGAAAAACCCCGGUAGGUAUUGCUACUUAUACGGUUGGACUGGAUUCCCGCUUAGAAAAGUUGAAGACGAGGUUCACAGAUGAUAAAUCAAAUCGCGUAAAAGUUCUUGGACUUUAUGGAAUGGGCGGGAUUGGUAAAACAACUCUUGCCGCAGCUCUCUUCAAUAAACUUGUUGGUCAUUUUGAAAGUCGCAGUUUCGUCUCAAACAUUAAAGAUAUUUCUGAAGAAGAUGGUGGUUUAGUAUCGCUGCAGAACAAGCUUCUUGGUGAUCUUUUCCCAGACAGGCCUCCUGUAAAUGAUAUUAAUGAUGGUAUUGCUGUAAUUAAGGAGCUGUGUCAUGAGAAGCGGGUGCUGGUUGUUUUAGAUGAUGUGGAUGAUGUAAACAAGCUGAAUGUAUUAGCAGGAAAGAGAGAUUGGUUUGGUGAAGGAAGUAGAGUUAUUGUUACCACAAGAAACAGAGAUGUUCUUGUUGAACAUCUUGUGAACGAGUUUUACGAGGUUAGAGAGUUAGGUUCCUCGGAAGCCUUACAACUUUUUAGUUAUCACGCACUAAGAAGAGAUAACCCCACAGAAGAGUAUCUAAAUAUAUCGAAGGAGAUUGUAUCUCUCACAGGAGGACUUCCUCUGGCAUUGGAAGUGUUUGGCUCUACUUUGUUUAAUGAGAGAGGGAUAAAGAAAUGGGAAGAUGUCCUGAAAAAAUUGCGACAAAUUCGACAUCAUAAUCUCCAGGAUGUCUUACGUAUAAGUUUUGAUGGAUUGGAUGAUGAAGAGAAGUGUGUAUUCCUUGACAUUGCUUGCUUGUUUAUUAAAAUGAGGAUGAAGAGAGAGGAGGCUAUUGAUAUUUUGAAUGGUUGUGGCUUUAGGGCUGAGACAGCAAUCACAGUUCUGACAGUAAGAUGUCUCAUUAAAAUUGGUGGAGAUUACGAAUUAUGGAUGCAUGAUCAACUUAGAGACAUGGGAAGACAAAUUGUUCGAUAUGAAAACCUUUUAGAUCCUGGUAUGCGUAGUAGGCUAUGGGAUCGCGGCGAUAUCAUGACAAUGCUGAAGCACAAGAAGGGAACAAGAAAUGUGCAAGGUUUAAUCCUUGACUUGGAAAAGAAGAAUUAUGUCAGAACUCAAAAGAUUUCUUGGGUUAAAGCACUUAAUCCGAGAUCUUCACUGGACUACUUGAUUGAAAAAUGGAAGCUGUUUCUUCAACGAAGAGCAGAGGAGGGAGAGCUGAUACUUGACACUGAAGCCUUGAAAUCAUUGGUUAAUUUGAGACUCCUACAAAUCAAUCAUGCAAAAGUGAAAGGGAAGUUCAAAAGUUUUCCUGCUAGCCUGAAGUGGUUACAAUGGAAAAAUUGUCCUUUGAAAAAACUUCCUUCUGAUUAUGCUCCUCAUGAACUAGCAGUGCUAGAUCUAUCGGAGAGUGGAAUUCAACGAGUUUGGGGUUGGACUAGGAACGAGGUGGCUGAGAACUUGAUGGUUAUGAAUCUUCGACGUUGCUAUAAUCUCGAGGCCAGUCCUGAUUUAUCUGGAUGUAAAAAGCUGGAAAAGCUUGAUUUUAAAGGCUGCAUUCAACUGACCAAGAUUCAUGAAUCGCUGGGGAAUGCAAGGACCUUAAUUCAAUUGAACUUGGAUGAGUGCAUAAACCUUGUUGAAUUUCCACGUGAUGUCUCUGGGCUCAGAAGUCUUCAGAAUCUCAUUCUCUCCAACUGCUUAAAAUUAGAAGAAUUACCACAGGACAUAGGCAGCAUGAAUUCCUUGAAAGAACUUGUUGAUAAAACUGCUAUAUCUAUGCUUCCCCAAUCUCUUUACCGCCUUACAAAACUUGAGAAGCUUAGUUUGAAUGGUUGCAAAUUCAUAAAAAGGCUGCCAGAACGCUUGGGAAACCUGAUUUCUCUGAAGGAACUCUCUCUCAAUCAUUCUGCAGUUGAAGAACUGCCAGAUUCUAUCGGAUCUUUGUCAAACCUUGAGAAACUAAGCUUAAUGCGGUGCCAGUCACUCACUACGAUUCCUGAAUCCAUUAGAAAUCUCCAGUCAUUGAUGGAAGUUUCAAUUAAUAGCAGCGCAAUCAAGGAAUUACCUGCUGCAAUAGGUUCAUUACCUUAUUUAAAGACAUUAUUGGCUGGAGGGUGUCAUUUUCUGAGCAAAUUGCCUGAUUCAAUUGGAGGACUUGCUUCUAUUAGCGAACUUGAGCUAGAUGGAACAUCAAUAUCAGAACUUCCAGAGCAAAUUCAUGGUUUGAAAAUGAUUGAGAAGCUUUACUUGAGGGAGUGCACAUCUCUUAGAGAAUUGCCUGAAGCAAUUGGGAACAUACUGAAUCUUACUACUAUAAACUUGUUUGGUUGUAAUAUUACUGAGUUGCCUGAAUCCUUUGGGAGGCUGGAAAACCUUGUGAUGUUGAGAUUGGAUGAGUGUAAAAAGCUCCACAAACUUCCAGUUUCGAUAGGAAAUUUGAAGUCUUUAUGCCACUUGCUAAUGGAGAAGACUGCUGUUACAGUGUUACCUGAAGAUUUCGGAAAUCUUUCUAGCUUAAUGAUAUUGAAAAUGCAAAAAGAUCCGCUUGAAUAUCUCAGAACACAAGACCAGUUGGUUGUCCUUCCAAAUUCUUUCUCAAAACUCUCCUUGCUAGAAGAACUAAAUGCUCGUGCUUGGAGAAUAUCUGGAAAAAUUCCUGAUGAUUUUGAGAAACUGUCAUCGUUAGACAUCUUGGAUCUGGGCCACAACAAUUUCAGCAGCCUUCCAUCCAGUUUAUGUGGUCUUUCUCUUCUACGGAAGCUUCUCCUGCCUCAU